UGUGCCCCCAGGCCGCGGGGCCCCUCGCCCUCAACUUUUCCUCCCUGGGCUCGGGAGCUCGGACUUGUGGGGGCUUCCCUGUGCGCCCCAUUUCCCCAGCCUGGGUCUGAACCCCAAGAGGACAGACCUUCUCCAUCCACCCUCCGCCUCUCUCUCUCCCCGCAGCCUUCUUUUUUUGGAGGGGGGGGGACGGCGGAGGUGCUUUGCUCGCUCGGAGGGACCGGGCCAGGGUUUCCCGCGCCUCGCUCGCCUCUCGGAUCUCGCCCCUCUUGGAUUUAACCGGCUGGCGAAGCUGCCCCCAGGAUGACCACGCUGGCCGGCGCCGUGCCCAGGAUGAUCCGGCCGGGUCCCGGGCAGAACUACCCGCGCAGCGGCUUCCCGCUGGAAGUGUCCACUCCUCUGGGCCAGGGCCGAGUCAACCAGCUCGGUGGAGUCUUCAUCAACGGCAGGCCGCUCCCCAACCACAUCCGCCACAAGAUCGUGGAGAUGGCCCACCACGGCAUCCGGCCCUGUGUCAUCUCCCGCCAGCUGCGUGUGUCCCAUGGCUGCGUCUCUAAGAUCCUGUGCAGGUACCAGGAGACCGGUUCCAUCAGGCCUGGCGCCAUCGGCGGCAGCAAGCCCAAGCAGGUGACAACACCUGACGUGGAGAAGAAAAUCGAGGAAUACAAAAGAGAGAACCCGGGUAUGUUCAGCUGGGAAAUUCGAGACAAAUUACUCAAGGACUCGGUCUGCGAUCGGAACACAGUACCCUCAGUGAGCUCCAUUAGCCGCAUCCUGAGGAGUAAAUUCGGGAAAGGCGAAGAGGAGGAGGCCGACCUGGAAAGGAAGGAGGCUGAAGAGAACGAGAAAAAGGCAAAACAUAGUAUCGACGGCAUCUUAAGCGAGCGAGCCUCAGCACCUCAGUCUGACGAAGGCUCUGACAUCGACUCUGAACCAGAUCUGCCGCUAAAGAGGAAACAGCGUCGGAGCCGAACGACCUUCACAGCAGAACAGCUGGAAGAAUUGGAGCGAGCUUUUGAGAGGACGCACUACCCUGAUAUCUAUACCAGAGAGGAACUGGCCCAGCGGGCGAAGCUCACCGAGGCCCGAGUACAGGUCUGGUUUAGCAACCGCCGCGCAAGAUGGAGGAAGCAAGCUGGGGCCAAUCAACUGAUGGCUUUCAACCAUCUCAUUCCGGGGGGAUUCCCUCCCACUGCUAUGCCAACUCUGCCAACAUACCAGCUGUCGGAGACCUCUUACCAGCCCACAGCGAUUCCACAAGCCGUGUCGGAUCCCAGCAGCACUGUCCACAGACCUCAGCCGCUUCCUCCAAGCACUGUACACCAAAGCACUAUUCCUUCGAACCCAGACAGCGGCUCUGCCUACUGCCUCCCCAGCACCAGGCAUGGAUUUUCCAGCUAUACAGACAGCUUUGUGCCUCCGUCCGGGCCCUCCAACCCCAUGAACCCCGCCAUCGGCAAUGGCCUUUCACCUCAGGUAAUGGGACUCUUGACCAACCACGGUGGGGUACCCCAUCAGCCCCAGACCGACUAUGCUCUCUCGCCUCUCACCGGGGGACUGGAACCAACCACCGCGGUGUCAGCCAGCUGCAGUCAGAGACUAGACCAUAUGAAGAGCUUGGACAGUCUACCUACAUCUCAGUCUUAUUGUCCACCUACCUACAGCACCACAGGCUAUAGUAUGGACCCUGUCACAGGCUACCAAUAUGGGCAGUAUGGACAAAGUGCCUUUCAUUAUCUCAAGCCAGAUAUUGCAUAAGUGAACUGUCCACUUGGAGCUAAAUCUGGCCCUGUUUCCGGUCUCCACAGCCUGGACAUGAAGGAUCUUCUCAGAGGAAAAAAUAAAUCACCCUUUUGGGGGGUGGUCUGGACAGGAGGCCGUGGAGAGUGAUUGAUUUUCUUUCUCCUGUAGUCAGUUUCAAAUUCUUUUUUUUUUUUGAACGUGUUGGACAAAAAGUCAUGGAGGGAAGGGAGACUCAGAACAAUAAAAGAGAAAUGCAACAUUUUUCAGGCAAUGGUAUAACAUGGUUGUAAGGUCAAAAGAUUCCAACUCUUCAGU